AUGUUUAUAAGGCUAGCAGUAGCGACUAUCAGAAGUUCUAGAGCUCCGGGACCUGUUUCUAAGACGUUAUUUCAAAGACCAUUUUCAAUUACACUGAGUAAGAUGAGCGAAGGCUGGAACCCUAAUUUAACUGCCGAGCAGCUCAAGGUGCUCAGAGACAAACACACGGAAAGACCUCAUACGGGUGCCUACUUGAAUAGUAAGGAGUCUGGGAUCUAUCACUGCGCUAACUGUGAUUCUCCACUCUACAAGAGCGACACCAAGUUUGAUUCGCAAUGUGGAUGGCCGUCAUUCUACGAAGAAGUGAAAAAAGGUGCCAUCACAUAUCACAAAGACAAGAGCAUGUUCACGGAAAGAACCGAGAUAUGCUGUAGCAACUGCGGCGGCCAUUUGGGCCACGUAUUUGAGGGCGAGGGUUGGAAAGAGAGGUUGGGUUUGCCGCAAGACGUCAGACACUGUGUGAACAGUUUGUCUUUGAAUCUCAAGAAGAAGGAGUAG